GUAAAUCCGUCGGUAUACCUAUUGUACAGUACACGCAAGGCAUUUUUAUUUGACGAGACCGCCGUUCCUAUGAAUGCAUACAUCUGGUGCGGCCCAAUUUGCGACGACUUUCUGCGACUACUGCGACUACUGCGACCUCUGCGAAUUCUUUGAUCCACGCGGCUGAGACAAAGACAUUAUGACGAUUUGGGAACCAUGUUAACUUCGCCUUCAACAAUUCCAGUGACAGCCAGCGCAUCACCGAGGACUUUCCACUAUGCAACAUCUCGCUCUCCACUUCAAUCGCCCAAGAUAACGGUGCCGCUCCCACGCCGCCAAUCUAGACAUUCUUUAUCGCGCUCCUCGCCCGCUGCAUCUUUACGGUCACCAUCUCUCUCCAAACCGAAACAAUAUGUUGGAGUUGAUGCCGCUACGCAAUACUCACCGAUGGAGCCCUUCGAUCCCAUGGUCCCUUUGCGAUCCGCACAGGUAUCAGGUCCGAGGAUAUCGGGCUCCAUAGCCGCAACGGCAGCAACAACUGCAGAUCAACCUAUACCACAACUUAUCUCUACAGAAAAUCCUCCCGUACCGAACCCAUCCCCUAAUAGAACCACGAAACCCCCUCAAUCCCUCACACUCUCCCCUAAUAAGAGGCGCAAAUCGCAAGAUCCUAUCCGACCCCACCCAUCCUCGGUAGUGGCAUCAAGCCAACCGAGCUCUCCAAAACGACCAAAACCCAAUGAAUGCCCUCCCAAAGUAUUGCCUCUGAGAUAUGAGUUAUGCGAGGUGGAGGAUAUGGUGACUUUAAUCGCCAAUAUGCUUGGGGAGCUGAUCGAGACAAAUGACUCGCUAGCCAUGAAAAGUGGUCACCUCACAAGGUUUCAUUCAAGGACAGCACCAGGUAUAUCAGUUUUGGACUAUCUACAACGACUUGCGAAACACGCUACGUUGACACCGCCUCUUCUCUUAUCUAUGGUGUCCUACAUCGAUCGCUUAUGCGAGUACUACCCCGAUUUCACGAUCAACACCCUAACCGUACACCGAUUUCUGAUUACAGCUGCAACAGUAGCUGGAAAGGGCUUGUCAGAUUCAUUUUGGAACAAUUCGUUCUAUGCGCGUGUAGGGGGUGUUAAAGUAGCAGAAUUAAAGCUGCUAGAGCUUGAGUUUCUAACUCGAGUGGAUUGGAGAAUAGUUCCCAAUCCAGAAGUAUUAGUGGCUUAUUAUAAGGGCCUGGUUGCGCGUUGCAGUGGAUACGUUUUGGAAGGGGAACAAGAAGCUUCCUCAUCUAGUGACGGGGACGAAAUCGACGAGAGUGACGAUUUAUAAAGUAUGAAAGUGCUGAAAUAUGUGUGCAGGAAGAUAAUGAGGCCCCGAUGGCUUAUGUGAGCAGAGGAUAUACUCAAGAAGCUACGCACAUAAAGACUAUUUUUGAUCUUUGAUCUAGGAGUUAUUGAGGGGAAUCGGUUGCAUUUGGCGCUUAGUGUAGGGUGAUAGUACUAGGUCAUUGCGGCUAGUUGGUUAUAAGAGACAUAACGGUGUCGUCGAUGUCAAAGGGAGUCCAGGACAUACCCAACCACGCUACAAUGUUCAUAGAGAAUUUUAAAGCCUUAAAAGAUAACAAAAUUCCUGGCUCCAAUAGUAUAGGCCUCGUCGUUAUGACCGUAACGCUAACAACCGAAUUUUGAUAUAGAAUACCUUUCAAAAGAAUUACCACAUUUUACAUAAAUAGCAUAUUUAUUUGAGUAUAGUGUAAAUGCUCUAUAUA